AUUUAUUUCAUUUAAUUUAAGUACUAAAUUAAACAAAAUAAAAUAUAUAAUGCCAUAAUUGUGAUGUUUCAAAGUGAGUUUAUAUUCAUUAAUCCUCAUGUUAUAUAAUUGAACAGUCAAUUAUUUGGGGGUAUUUUAAGAAAAAAAAAAAAGGAAAAUCCUAAACGAUUGGCUAGAUUUUUCAGAUAUAAUUAAACAGUAGAUUAUUUGGCGGUAAAUUUUCAAAAAAGGAAAAGGGUAAAUAACACUUAUCCCCUAUAUUUUGAACUUUAUGCACAAGACCCCUUGUACUUUCAAUAUAGCACAUAUUAAAAAGUUCAAGGGGCCAUGUGUAAAAAGUAUAAACUACAGGGGGCUAAGUGCUAUUUUCUCAAAGAUAAAAUUUGGUGGUACACUUCUUCUUCUUCUUCCCGAGCCGAGGCUCCGUACACUGUCAAAUAAAUGGAUAAUAAAAUUAAAUUACCAGUCGCACUGAGACUGUUUCCACUAAUUAUUUGCAAAAGCCAAUCAAAAAGCUUCUGCCUUUUUUUUUUUUUAAGAAAAAAAUUUGAAUAAACAAGCCACUACUUGCUUGUGAUUUUGUUUCUGUGUACGAUUUGGGUACCGAUCAGCAAAAAAAAUAAAAUAAUAAUAAAUAAAAAUACCCACGAUGGCAACCCAGUCAAUUCAACCCGCGUUUGCUGCUUCUUAUGUCUUUCGAGAUUCCUACAACCCCUUUUUCUUGUUCGAUUCGUCGUUGUUCGAGGCUGGAGCAAAGUGGUGGAAAUGAUCGACAAUCAUGGAAAAACGGAGCUUCUUCCACCGACGAUACUCGCGUGCUUCUGUUUGGUCUCGUCUUUGUUGCUUGCUUGUGCAAACGGCCAAAAAACGCAUCCAGUCGAAGUGAAUGCGUUGUUAUCCGUUAAGAAAAGUUUGAUCGAUCAACAUAAAUAUCUAAACGACUGGAAGAAAGGGAGGGAUCCAUGCAAUGCAAACUGGACCGGAAUUAUCUGCUACAAUACAACUCUCGACGAUGGCUACUUCCAUAUUAGAGAACUGUUGUUGUUAAAUAUGAAUCUAUCGGGAAGUUUAUCUCCAGAACUCGGCCGUUUAUCUUAUGUGAAGAUACUGGACUUUAUGUGGAACAAAAUCACCGGGACUAUACCGAAGGAGAUAGGCAAAAUUACAACCUUGGAACUGCUGCUUUUAAGCGGAAACCAACUAACUGGUUCGUUACCCGAUGAACUCGGUUAUCUUUCCAGCUUGGACAGGAUACAAAUCGACCAGAAUCAAAUAUCUGGACGGAUACCAAUCUCCUUUGCUAACUUGACCAAAGCAAAACAUAUCCACAUGAACAAUAAUUCACUUAGUGGACAAAUACCACCGGAGCUAUCUCGACUUCCGAUUCUUGUUCAUCUGCUGCUCGAUAAUAACAAUUUAUCAGGAUAUCUUCCACCGGAGCUAUCCGAACUACCAAAUCUACUAAUAUUUCAACUUGAUAAUAAUCACUUUAGCGGGAGCACAAUACCCUCUUCGUAUGGAAAUAUGCCCCAAUUGUUAAAAUUGAGUCUAAGGAACUGCAGUUUGGUGGGUCCGGUUCCAAAUUGGAGCAAUUUGACUAAUAUUGCUUAUAUAGAUUUGAGCCUCAACGAGCUUAGUGGAUUCGUACCAACAGGUGCACUUUCUGAAAAUAUCACAACUAUUGAUCUCUCUAACAACAAUCUGAACGGGACUAUUCCUCCGAGCUUCUCAAAACUUCCUCUUUUACAGAAGCUGUCACUGGCAAAUAACUCAUUGAUCGGUUCCGUUCCGUCAAUCAUUUGGCAGAACAGGACACUAAAUGCAUCUCAGAGGCUCCUUCUGGAUUUCGACAACAAUAAACUUUCAAAUAUUUCUGGCAGUCUCUUCAUCCAUCCUAACAUCACCAUCGGGCUUCGCGGAAAUCCCGUUUGCUCAAACGGGAAACUAGUUCAUCUAUGUGCACCUCACGGACAAGAUUUCAGUGAUACCUUAAACACUACAAAAAACCUUAACGAUUGUCUCACUCAGUCGUGCCCACUUCCUUACGAGUAUGCUCCAUCGUCUCCUUCAAUCCGUUGCUUUUGUGCUGCUGCACUGUACGUCGGAUACCGUUUAAAGAGUCCUGGAUUCUCCGAUUUUCUUCCGUACUACGAUCCAUUCAAAGAGCACCUAACUUCUGGACUCAGUUUGAAUCUUUAUCAGCUUCGCAUCGAUUCUGCCAUGUGGCAAAACGGGCCCCGCCUUAGAUUACACCUCGAGAUUUUUCCAAUGUACGUAAAUGACAGCGUAAGGAUAUUUAAUAAGAGUGAGGUUUUGAGAAUUCGGGGAUUGUUUAGUGGAUGGAGGAUUCGUGACAGCCAAGUUUUCGGACCGUUCGAGCUUCUCAAUUUCACACUUUCCGAUGCUUACAGAGAUGAAUUUCCGCCGCCUUCUUCCGGUAUAAGCAAGGGAGCACUAGUGGGAACUAUACUUGGAACAAUAGCUGCAACGGUCACUUUAUCGGGAUUUGUGUCGCUUCUUAUUUUGAGACUGUACAUUCGAAAAAAUCACCCGUCGUCAAAGAGAAAUCCAUCAUCUAGAAUCUCGCUCAAAAUUGACGGUACGAAAGAUUUCACUUAUGCUGAAAUGGCACUGGCAACAAAUAAUUUCAACGCCUCGAGCAUGGUUGGUCGAGGAGGUUACGGAAAUGUUUAUAAAGGUGUUCUGAAAGACGGAACAUUUGUGGCUGUAAAACGUGCUCAAGAGGGAUCAUUUCAGGGCGAAUGCGAAUUUCUUACGGAAAUUGAAUUGUUAUCGAGAUUGCAUCACAGAAAUUUGGUGUCUUUGAUCGGAUAUUGUGAUGAAGAAGGCGAACAGAUGUUGAUUUACGAAUUCAUGUCUAAUGGCACGUUGCGGGAUCACCUAUCGGGUGAGAAUAAAGUGGCUCUGGAUUUUUCGACGAGAGUAAGAAUAGCAUUAGGUGCAGCCAGAGGCAUAUACUACCUUCACGCAGAAGCAAAUCCACCGAUAUUUCAUCGAGAUAUUAAAGCUACAAAUAUAUUAUUAGAUUCUAAAUUAACCGCCAAAGUUGCUGAUUUUGGACUGUCGCGAUUAGCUACAAUGCCUGAGCUUGAAGGAGCUGUGCCUGGUCACGUAUCUACCGUAGUCAAGGGGACCCCGGGAUACCUUGAUCCGGAGUAUUUCCUAACUCGUAAGUUGACGGAUAAAAGUGACGUUUAUAGCCUUGGGGUUGUGUUCUUGGAGCUGUUAACUGGAUUGCACCCUAUUUUUCGUGGCAAAAAUAUCGUCCGGGAGGUCAACACAGCUUAUCGUUUGGGCAUGAUAUUCUCUAUCAUAGACGAUAAAAUGGGGUCUUAUCCUUCGGAAUGUGUGGGGAGAUUUUUAACUCUGGCGCUCAAAUGCUGCAAAAACGAGACGGAAGAAAGGCCUUCGAUGGCGAAAGUUGUAAGAGAACUCGAGAACAUAUGGCUGAUGAUGCAAGAAGAUACCCCCGAUAAUAAUACUAAUGUAACCACUGAAACAUCGUCCUUUUUGAGCGAGGUGGGCCCGCCCUACUCUUCCUCUUCUUCUUCGUCGUCGUCUUUUAUGUCGAGCCUCAGAUCGACGACUCCUUUUCAUUCCCAAGAUGUUUCUAGAAGCAGUUUAUCGGGAUCGCGAUCGCGAUUGUGAUACCCGUCGUCUCGUUAUAUAUUCUUUUAAUUAGUAAAUUAAUUCAUAGUUGUUGAUGGAAAGAAGUGAUGGAUUUGCAGAUCAAAUUAUAAUUCCUUGUGUAUAUAUUAUUAUUUUUACAAUAUAGUACAAUGUUUUUUGGUUCAUAUACAUUACUUUGCAUAAAUAUAAAUCCAAUGAUUUG